AUGAAUGCCCAACUCCUAAAACCAUUUCUCAAAGAAGAAAUGGAAGAAGCCAUCAAACAGAUGAAGCCCAUCUCAGCCCCAGGUCCUGACGUCUUAGCAAAUAGACUUAAAGUCAUUCUGCUUGCUGUUGUGUUUGAGAAUCAAAGUGCCUUCCAAGCAGGAAGGGCUAUCAUGGACAAUAUCUUUAUGGCCUUUGAAACUCUCCAUUACUUAAAACACCAUCAUAAUGGUAAGACGGGUUUCACGGCUUUGAAAUUGGACAUGAGCAAGGCCUAUGACCGGGUUGAAUGGAGUUAUCUCGAAACUAUUAUGAAAAGAACAGGUUUUGCUGAGAGAUGGGUUAAUUUGAUUUUGAAGUGCAUUACAACAGCAACGAAAGUUGGGCAGAUCCAGGGUGUUUCUACUUACAAAAAGGGUCCCAAAUUGACUCAUCUCUUCUUUGCGGACGAUAGCGUGGUGUUUUGUAGAGCUUCCCUUGAUGAAUGUAAGAAAAUUCAGGCAUUGUUGGAUUGUUAUGAGAAGGCAUCGGGGCAGAAGCUGAACAAGAACAAGACCGAUUUAUUUUUCAGCAAAUCCAUCCCUGUCGUCGUCCUGGACCAGAUUAAAGAAUCACUUGGGGUGCAAGAGAUCAAACAAUAUGAAAAGUACCUAGGACUUCCAUCUCUAGUAGGUAGAAACAAGAAAGCAAGCUUACUCUACAUUAAAGAGAGGGUUGUGGCAAAGCUUCAGGGAUGGAAUGAGCAACUGCUUUCUCAAGCAGAGCAGGAAAUUCUCCUCAAAGCAGUAGUCCAGGCAAUCCCUACCUAUGCAAUGAGCUGCUUCAAACUCCUGAUCUCCCUUUGCAAUGAUAUUGAGGCUUUGAUUAGGAAAUUCUGGUGGGGGGCAAAGAGUUGGCUCCCUAACCCUCAUAACAAGCAAGUGGUGUCGCCAAGGGACUUCCUCGGCAGUGACACCUUAGUCUCUGUUCUAAUUGUCAAGGACCAACUUGGCUGGGUUAAUGAUGCAAUCAACAACAUCUUCCUGCCCCACAAAGCAUCUUUAAUCAAGUCGAUCCCACUCUACCUUAAUGACUGUGAAGAUAAGAUUUUUUGGCCUCAUAAUGUCGAUGGCUCCUACUCAGUUAGAUCUGGCUACAGACUCCUCUUGAAGGAAGAUAUGAGAGGCUCACCUUUAGUGUCAGAUUUGUCUCCCACUAAGAGAAUAUGGAAGGGUAUUUGGAGCUUAAAAGUUCCCAACAGAGUCAAAACACUCAUCUGGAGGGCCGGGACAGAUUCCCUUCCUUCAUAA